CUACCUGCAGGCAGCCGCUGAGGAAAUCCCAGCAGAUCUGUGCCGGCUGUGCAGCACUCUGGGUCUCCACACCAUUGGCAUGCACAACCACCCAUAGAUUCACAGGAUGUUUAACUGGGUGGCGAAAGUGGUUCCUCAACCUGCUGAAGCUCCGGGGCCAGUUGAAGCUUCCAGGACCACUGCUGCUGAGCCCGUAAGAAACAAAGAAGUUCAGAAUGCGUUUGUGAAAAACACAGAGGAAGCUUCAGAGGAUGGUCAGACCAACAGUGGAGUGAUUGGAUGGCUGUCUAAUGGAUUCGUCAGCGCCCUGCCACAACCUCCUGGUUCCCCUGUGCUCAAGGGGUCCAACUCAGAUUUCAGGUCAGGAGAGGAUGGAGAUAGGACGGGGGUAAUCAGUUGGGUCACUCAGGGUCUGACCAAGGUUCUGCCUCAGCCCGAUGAAAAAUACAAAGAGGCGACCGAGACCAAGAACACUAAUGAGGAGCAUACUGAGGUGUUUGAUGUGGCAACAAUGCCAGACUAUGAUCCGCUUCCACACGUCCCUGUGGUGGAGGUAGUGUCAGAGGAGGAAGGGUCGGAAGUGGAGAGUUUGACCCCUCAGUUUCCUCCUAAAGUGGUGAACUGGAUAAAGCAGAUAAUCCCCCAGCCUGUGAUUCUGCCCUCUGGUGGCGUACCAACAGAACCUCCACCAAAAGCCUCACGCUCUUCUUUAGACAAAGUUCUGUCUCCACCUGAAUCUCUCAGUAGAAUCUCACUGGAUACUGAAAGCACAGCCUCAGGAGUCGUUGACUGGUUUGUGUCAGGACUGGGCUUGAAGAUGCCUCAGCUUGUUCUUCCAUCCAAAGAUGAAGCUGAGGGUGAUACUGAAGUGCUGCAGAAAGUUUCAUCCAAACUCAAGCCAGAUAUGGUGCUGGAGGACGUGGAGUCAGAUAAUGACGGCCAGCAGACUUAUGAAAGUCACCCCAAAGCUGCAGAAUCCCCAAGUCCAAUGAGAGUCUCAGCACAGCAGCAACAGCAGGAGGAGACAAGGACACCAUCCAGCUCUGUGCAGCGUCGUGGGAACUGUGACACCAACCUGGAGGCACCAGCAUUAGACAGCAUGACAAUAACAUCACAGGAAGACGCUGAGACUCAGACGGGCCGCUGGACUCCAUUUAUCGAAAGCAUCAAGAAGGAGGCUGAAGAUGUUGCUUUGGCCACUAUGGAGGAACGUCUGCUUCAGGAGCGCAUGGAAAUGGCCCGUCUGGCUGAACAGGUGGCCCGGCAGACAGCAGAGAUGGCUGUUAGACAAAUGGCCAGUGAGGGAACAUCCAUCAAGCUCUCACUGGAGAGUCAGGAGCUGCUGGACGAACCUGAACCUGAGUUGCCAGUACCACAAGACGAAGACAGCAAGGUGGAGCAAGGAGAAAACACAGAAAAAGAAAACACUUUAGUCCAAGAAGAGCAGAACACAGAUGCUGAGGAAUCAACCAUCAAGGAACCAGAAAUACCUGAGCCGCAGCAGGAGACCUCAACCUCCCCAACACCAGGUCUUGAACCAGGAAAGAAUUUUGAGCCAGAGUCAGAAGCUGGACCAGAACCAGAGACCGAGAACCAGGAAGCCAGUUCAGAAGCUGUGACCCAGCAGCCCCAGAAAGCAGAAGACGCUCUAGCUUCUAACACAGACAAUGCUGCAGAUAAAGAUGAAGAUGCUUCUGGUGACGGAUGUGGAGCUCCGGUCAGCUGUGAUUCAUUUAAGAACUGCCUGAUGCGCUUUCCUCCCACCUCUGAGUGCUUUGGCAACAUCAACGCGUUCUUCAAAGAGAACGGCAUCUCUCUUCCUAAAAUACCCUCCAUGCCUAAGCUCCCCACCCAGCUCUCAGACGUUACCAGGCACAUACCCUCCCUGCCUCCUGAGAUACGGCACGAGUUCUCCCAGAUCAGACUCACACAGUUCCCACGGAGCAUCGCCCAGACCCUCACUGAGCUUCUACCCAAAGGUGCAGAGGGUUCAGCGGACCACUGUCUCUCCGGCCUCACUCAGAGCCUUUCUACUAUCCCACAGAAGCUGUCUCAGUUUCCCGGACGAACUCAGGAGUGCUUCCUAAACAUCCGGAACCGCCUCAACAGCCUUAUGCCACAAGAUGCCUAGAAACAACAACAACAGCAGAAACAAAAGCAAGAUAAGAAGCAGCAGGAUUUAGAACUCAAUCAUCUCAUGCAACACUCACCUCUCCCUCCCCCUCAUCAUCCUUACCUGAGGUCUCGCUCCCCUUCUCCAUCCUCACCCAGCAGUAGCACCCUUGAGCUUCCCAAUGUCCCCUCCUAUCUACGCCUGCCGCCCAUCGCCAGCCCGCCACCGAAGCAGCUCCACCCGCUGCCCCGGCAGCUGUCUGGGCUCGCUAAUCCAGCUUUCUUCAUUGAAGAUGACUCAGAUGUUUCUGCAGAGAGUUCCAGCCGCCGUCCAGCUGUAAACAUCGAGGACAUUGACCAUGAGAAAGCAGGAGGAGCAGUAGGAGGAGGUGGAGGCGAGGAGAAGAGCAAGACAUCUCAAAGUCUCACCCCUCAGGACCCCAAACUUACAACCCUGACCGUCCCUGUGGCUCCUGCAGGAGGACGUCAGAGUAAAGGAGAUAAAGAUGGGAGCAACCGAAGGGCCAUCUGGACAAAGAUCAGAUACACACAUUCCCAGAGUGAAGAUGAUGAUGAAGAAGUAACCAUACCAGUCAGAGCCUGGCCCAGUCAGUCCAGUCUGCACAGCUCAGAAGACAUGCUAAAAGAGCGUCCAGCCUCUGCUGCCAGUCAGACCAGUGCAGUGGUCAAUGAACGACUUCAGGAGCUGGUCAGGAUGUUCAAAGAGAGAACAGAGAAGGCCAAGGAGAAACUCAUGGAUCCAGACAGCUCAGAUGAAGAAGGCAUCACCACCUCUCCUCCUCAGCCUGUUCUAGAAGCCUCACCCUUAGAUGAUGAAGAGGAAAGUAUGAAAGGAGGUUUAUCAGUCGGUGAAGAAGAGAGACGAGGAAUGGAGAGUGUGGCAAGGGAGGAGACAUCUGGUGGCUGCUGCAAGGUGAAAACUACUCGAUGGGUCCAGGCCUGUUUGCAUCUCCGAUUCCCUGCCAGCAUCGAUCCCUUCACCAACAUAAUGUACGUUCUUUGGAUGCUCCUGGUUUCUCUGGCCUGGAACUGGAAUGCCUGGCUCAUCCCAGUCCGCUGGGCAUUCCCCUACCAAGCACCAGAUAACAUUUACUACUGGCUGGUGACCGACUACCUGUGCGACCUUAUUUACAUCUUGGACCUCACCAUUUUCCAGCCACGCCUGCAGUUUGUUUGUGGAGGGGACAUAGUGUGUGGCAAGAAGGAAAUGAGAAAGAAUUACAUGAAAAGCAAACGCUUCAAGUUGGAUGUAGCCAGCCUUGUUCCAUUGGAGCUGCUUUAUUUUAAAACAGGCAUCAACCCUCUGCUGCGUCUGCCUCGUCUGCUGAAGAUCAACUCCUUCUUUGAGUUUAAUGAGCGUCUAGAGGCCAUCUUGACCAAAGCCUACAUCUACAGGGUGAUCCGAACUACCAUGUAUCUUCUCUACUGUCUUCACUGCAAUGCCUGUCUCUACUACUGGACGUCCACCUACAUCGGACUGGGAUCCACCCAGUGGGUGUACGACGGUGUCGGGAACAGUUAUAUUCGAUGUUACUUCUUUGCGGUGAAAACUCUGAUCACCAUCGGAGGUCUCCCAGAACCCACCUCCCUGUUUGAGAUUGUCUUCCAGCUCAUUAACUAUUUUGUUGGAGUCUUUGCCUUCUCCAUCAUGAUUGGUCAGAUGCGCGAUGUUGUCGGUGCAGCCACAGCAGCCCAGACUUACUACCGCACCUGUAUGGACAACACCAUCAAAUACAUGACGUCCUAUCGCAUUCCAAAAGACGUCCAGAACCGGGUCAAAACCUGGUACAACUUCACUUGGCAGUCACAAGGCAUGCUGGAUGAGCAGGAGCUUCUGACCCAGCUGCCAGAUAAGAUGCGUCUGGACAUUGCUGUAGAUGUUAACUACUCCAUUGUGAGCAAAGUCCCUCUCUUCCAGGGUUGUGACAGACAGAUGAUUUUUGACAUGCUGAAAAGCCUGCGUUCUAUUGUCUACCUGCCUGGUGAUUAUGUCUGCAAAAAAGGCGAGGUGGGUCGAGAGAUGUACAUCAUAAAAGCCGGGGAGGUGCAGGUGGUUGGAGGACCUGAUGAGAGGACGGUGUUUGCCACUCUCAGAGCAGGAUCUGUUUUUGGAGAGAUAAGUUUACUUGCAGUGGCCGGAGUCAACAGGCGCACAGCCAAUGUGAUUGCUCAUGGAUUUGCCAACCUGUUCAUCCUGGACAAGAAAGACCUGAAUGAGAUCCUGGUCCACUACCCUGAGUCAAAGAAACUGCUGCACAAGAAAGCCAGGAAGAUGCUUAAUAAAGGAAAAAAGCCUGAACCCAAAGAAGAAGCUAGGGAACCGCCUCAGGUACCAGCGGCUCCUCUAAAGCUGGUGACUCCCAAACUGCUCAGAGCAGCUCUUGAGAUAACUGAGAGAUCUUCAGGACUAAAAGGAGCUCUGGCUAAACUCAAAGAGAAGACCAGCAAGUCCAGUAUCUCAUUACAGCGAUCCUUCUCCACCUCUUUACGUCCUCCAUCUCCUAGCCUCAGCUCUGGACCUGAAAGGUUGUCUGUCUCUGCCAGCUCCAUGACGCUUCACUCAGCUUCAUACAGCUGCAACCUUGAAGAUCUUCCUCCUGCACAGAUCCAUGGUGACACAGUCAAAAAGGAUGAUAGCGAAGAUGAGCGGGAUGAAGGUGGGAAGAUGUAAAAUGUGUUUUAGAUAAAUUGAAAGUUGGAGAGUGAUUGGAGGAGCUGUUUUAUGAUGGGAUAGUGGGUUAUUUCUGAAGGAGGUGCAGGGAAAUAAAUGAAUGAAAUUUUCUCAGGUCAUGUGUAACUUAUCACUGGUUAGCAUAGUUAGGUCACAUCAGCCUGGUUUAACACAAAUGAAGUUCUUGUCUUUCUGCAGAAGGAGGGAAUAGUUGUUGUUCUCUUGAAGAACCUCUGGCUUUAUUUUUCUGUGUUGUGUUCAUGUCAGACUUCACUGCUGAGGCUUCACUCCAGUGUGUCAGUAGAUCAAUGUGGGACACUUCUGGAUCUUUUCUAUUGAUUUUAAAUUGAAGCUAUAUGAAUAGCAAUGAUGUCAACAUUGGAUUUUAUGCUGUAAAAUAAACUGUAAAUAUCCUGAAAUAAUUAUAUCACUGCUUAAUAAAAAUCAGUCUUAGUGAUUAUAGUCUAAACAUUUGAAUUUUUACUUUGAAUGUUUUUAUGUAAAAUUUAUAUAAAUAUUUGUAUCAAUUUGACAUGCCGGUUUAUAAUAACCGGCAUGUCCUGAGAUAUUGAAGCUCUCUGACAAUGCUGUUAAAGGAUUUUACGAUAUAUCAAUAUUUUAUUUGUGAGAGUUAUGUAAAAAUAUAAAAACAUGUAACCCUAUUACACUGAAUACAGUGAACCCAACUGUUAGUAACCCAGAACUAUGGUAUCAAACACAUAACAAUGAUGUUUUAUGAAAUUUCUGUAUUCUACAGUAAAUGUCUCACAGAAUGUUCAGAUAACAGUUCAUAUUACAUUUAUAGUGCUUUUGUUCUUUGUCAUUUGUGUUAUGAGUUUUCACUUUGGCUUUUUACAAAUAAAUUCAAUAAAAACUGUCUUCUCACCUAUAAA